AUGUCAGCGUUGCCGGAGAACGUCCUCGCAGGCGGCAGUGGCCCGCCGGUCGCGUGGUGGAGCGCGGCCUCGCCGGUGGGCGGCGACGUCGUCCUCACCGGCGUAGUCCUCCUCUUCGUCGCCCUGGCCUUCGCGUUCGUCCUGUACCACUACUUCACGGUCACGGUCCUCAGUCGCCGCGGUGGCACGCGGCGGGACGGCGCGGGGGUGGGGGCGCCAUCGAGCGCCCAGCAGCGCGGCACGUUGGGACGACGAGGCCAUGCCACUGGCGGCCUUGACCCGUCGGUGCUCCGGGCGUUGCCGGUGACGGUUUACAAGGCGAAGGACCGGGCAGGCGGCGAGGCGCUGGAGUGCGCCGUGUGCCUCGCCGAGCUCACCGACGGCGAGGCCGCCAGGUUCCUGCCCCGGUGCGAUCACGGCUUCCACGCCGAGUGCAUCGACCUGUGGCUGCGCGGCCACUCCACGUGCCCGCUCUGCCGCGUCGACGUCGGCCUGCUUCCUGCGCCGCCGUCGUCCUCGGCGCUCCCUCCGGCGCUGCCUGAGCCCGCCAACUACCCCACGAACCUGCCGACGAACGUCCUGUUCUGGGGAUCCCAGGACGCGGUCACCGUGGCGAGAGCCUCCGGGACGAGGACGACGACGGUACACGGCGGCCCGAGCGCUGCUCCCGGUGGAGCGUCGCCGCCGCUGGUCAUCAUCCAUGUCAGGGAAACGGCACCGGCAGUGGCGCCGCCGCCGCCGCUGCGUGAAGGCGACGCGGCCAAAGCGCAGGGCUUGGCGAGGCUGAGCUCUCUCAGGCGGCUGUGGAGCAGAGGGAGGCAUGAUGUGGCGGCUAUUGGACACACAACGCUCCCAUGGCAACAAACCACCUAG